AUGACUUUAUUGGUUAAUGACUUUCUGCAGGUGAUAAUCUUCUGUCUUCUAGCCACGGUUGUGGUCAGCAACCCAAUCGGUCCAGAAGAAGACGAUGACGACAUUCCAGUUUAUACCGAGAAAGUAUCCCCAGCCAAGCCCACUGCAGCUGCCAGAAGAGUUCCACAGUUUGGGGAGAAGAAAAUCAGCCCUAAAGUGGCAUCGGAAAAGCUCGCACUCGACAGGAAAAGGCCAUACUCGAUCCAAAAACAGACGACUUCUGUGCCAAAAGCGGUGCUGAAGACCACGAAACCCAUCCUCAGCAACUCAAGGCCAGUGAGGAGGAUUCCAAAGGUCCGAACGGAUUCUUUCGAAGCAGAACGAUAUAAUGGAAUCAUGAAGGGCGAAUACAACGCCCCGAAAGUCAGCUACGCCCCGUCUCCGGAACUGGGGGUGGAGUAUGACGUUCCAGAUCGUUCUAUCUCCCACGGAUUGAUUGACGAUUACGAGCCUCGACGACCCGCUCCAGAACUACGAUCAGCUGUUGGAAAUGCGCCCCGACUCAGGUACGCGGUGGCUCCCAGAAGAUUAUCAGCAGCUGCUGCCCAAGUCAGAGAUGUGCCUCAUCAAGGAUAUAAUGACCUUAGUCACGCUGACGGCCCACCCCAACCGUAUCUGUUUGGCUUCGAGCUCAGAGACGAGGAUGGUUCUACCCAGAGCCGCCGCGAGCAGGGAGACGCCCAGGGCAACAAGCGGGGCUCCUACGGCUACCGGGACGGAUAUGGCAUCUAUAGAGAGGUUGAGUACGUAGCCGACGAGCACGGAUUCCGCGCAGUGGUCAAGACCAACGAGCCCGGCACGCGGUCAGAAGACCCAGCUGACGUGCAGAUGCUGUCCGAAGCGGAAAAGCAGUGA